AUGGCCUCCAUGCGGAGGCAGGCCCCACAAAAAAGAGGCACAAACAGAAUUCUGGCUUUUCUUGCGAUCGCCAGCGCCGGUUUCAGCGCCAGCUGCUUUCUCGUCGGAUUCUCCUCUUUGCCCUCCCGCUCCUCGCGGCGGCCGGGGCGGGUUUCGCGGGCUUCGCGCUUGCCAAGAGGAGGCGUCUCCUUGGACUACGCGCAGAGCCUGACCGGCGCCCCAGGGUCUCGUGAGCUCAUCUCAGAGUUCAAGAGGAGCUAUCGAGAGAACCCCUUCCCCGAGAAGCUGGGACUCUUCUUCCCGGAUCAUGACCGGAUCCUUUCGCUGCUCUACCAAAGCGGAAGAUCGAACUACACGGAGAGCGGCUUCUUGCGCACCCUCGAUUUGGUCUUCCGGCAGCUCUAUGACUUUGGGCCUUCGGCCUGGCCUCUUUUGACAGAGCUCCUGGACAAGAAGCAUCCUUGGACCAAGGCUUUCUGCCAAGAAAUCAUCGCCGAAGGACCCGAGGUUUGGAGCCCCUUCGAGUUCUUUUCCCUGAACUUGGACAGCCUGGCGCCUCUGCAGCGCUACGCCUUCCCGGAGCUCGAGUCGCAGUCCAAGACCGGCUUCCGCGUCUUGGAAAAAUGGCUCCAACGCUUGAACGAGGCCGCCAAAGCAGAUCCCCAAAUGCAAAACCUGCUGGAGGCACUGAAGAUCCAGGACACCCGGAACCACCAGGAGCAGGCGAUGCGGCUGCGGCCUCUAGAGGAUCUCCUGGAGUACGAGCUGGCAAAGGUGGCGAAAAGCAUUUUCGAGGCCUGCGAGGUCGUUCCGGACGCGACAGCAGCACUCUUGACGGCCAGAGACCGCCGGAAGCGCACCGUUCUCCACCUCGCUGCAAUGCAAGGGAACACGCGGUUGGCGCGGCUCUUCUUAGGGGCAGUGGAGGAAGCGGAUAGACGGUUCUUUGCCGCUGCACUUGAUACAGGAGGAUAUACCGCUGAGGAUCUGGCUCGGCUUGCAGGUUUCGCGGAAACGGGGGACACCAUUCAGUCCCUGGGCGGGCCUACCAGCAGCGAAGCACCUGAGGAUGCCAUGAGGCUCUUUCCUCCAGAUCCGACAGGCGGGAAGAACGGCGGCCUGGCCUCAUCCGGCCUUGACGACGGCGGCUGGAGUUCAAGCCUAGAAGGAGUGCCUCCGGAGUGGUUGACUGACGAGCCCGUCUGUGAGAUCGAUUCCAUCUCCGUCGGGCAGUUUGAUUGGGAUACCUUCGAGAAGCAUUAUUAUUCCGCUCGGAGGCCCUUGCUGAUCCGUGGAGGUGUGAGGAUGAGUGCCUCCGACAGGGCCAAGUUCACUCGUGCUGGCUUGCUCGGAAUUGCCGGUAGUCGCAGGGUGACAGCGUAUUCGACGCCCUACGAGAACGAUUUCAGGGAAGUCGCUCCUGUGGAGAUGCCCCUGGCAGACUAUGCAACCUUCUUGGAUCAAAGGGUCCAAGACCCAGCAAGCAACUUGAGCUACGUCUUCGAGCGUCUGCCGGAGGACGAAGGGCCCUUGGGCGUCGCACGCGAGGUCCCGAAGCUCUUGCGAAGCCGUGUGGACCUGCGCUCGGCACAGUUCACGCUCGGGGGCGCAUUGAUGGGCUCCCCGCUGCACCACCACGUGGACGCUGCGAAUUCAUUGCUCUUCGGGAAGAAGCUUUGGUUCCUGAAGCCUCCGGCACAGCAGGAGUUCCGCAAGACCACCGUCUACGAGGAUUUACUGGCCAGUGGCGGGCCACCGGGCUUGAAAGUCUUGCAGCAAGGCGGAGACCUGCUCUACGUGCCGCAGGACUGGGCGCAUGGCGCCCUCUGUUUGAACCAGUGCAUCGGCCUGGCUCAUGAGUUUGACGUGAGAGCUCAGAGCAUCCCCGUGCCGGUAGAGACCGUGAAUGCUGGACUUGGAGUAGCUCUCGCAGGAAUGCUAGGUUCCUCUUUGUUGCGGUGCACAUCGGCUCUAUCAGGGCUUAGCUCGAGACCGAACAUGUCCAUAUAUGUUUUGCUUGCCGCUACAAGGCUCGUCGUGGCUCUGUCGCUGACGGGUCUGCGAGGUGACCGGGGGGAGAAGAUUCUGACCGUUGUGGAUUCGCACGGUGCCCCCGGUGCCCCUCAGGGAUCUGCCUCAACUCAAAAAGCGGGCCCCGCAGCUCGAGGAGACGGCGAUGCCCCAACAGAGCAAGAUCUGAAGAAUUUUUCUGGAGACUGGCUUUUCCAUGUUCGCACCACGUCCUGUCAUGGUGAUGUUUUCGACAACGGAACCUACACAGCCACUUCCCGCGCAUUCUUGCCGUUGUUGUGUGGUGUUUGUGUCAUCUUGGUUGCUUCGACACGGCACAGCGCGGUCAAGCCGCGUGCAGACGAGGGAGGCGAAGGCGGUGAAGGAAGCACAGUGGCCGCUCAGACGCGGCUUUGGCACGUCGACUUUGCCAGAAUUUGUGCGGUGAUGUGCGUCAUCUUUGAGCACAGUGGUAAGAGCCUCAGUCGAUUCGUUGUCGCUUUACAGUUUUCCUGCGCUGACCCUGUUCGCUUUGCUCUUUGCUGGCGUUGGUGA